UUAACGGUCGCCGCCCUCCGCUCGAUGGUUGAAGCCUUCAGUUACCCGGCCGACACUGUAGAGAGAGGACACACCACCGCGCUCCGACCAUGAGGGAAAUUGUUCACAUCCAGACAGGCCAGUGUGGCAACCAGAUUGGCACCAAGUUCUGGGAAAUCAUCAGUGAUGAACAUGGCAUUCAGCCAACAGGGGAAUACACUGCUGGUGUUGAGAAAGAACUGAUGGACCUUCAGUUGGAACGUAUAAAUGUGUACUACAAUGAGGGCAAUCAGGGGAAGUAUGUGCCACGUGCUGUCCUGGUUGACCUGGAACCAGGCACAAUGGAUAGUGUUCGGGCCGGGCCUCACGGUCAGCUUUUCAAACCUGACAGUUUCGUAUUUGGUCAAAGUGGUGCCGGAAAUAACUGGGCAAAGGGUCACUACACAGAAGGUGCAGAGUUGGUGGAUUCUGUAUUAGAUGUCGUCAGAAAGGAGUCUGAAAAGUGCGACUGUUUGCAAGGAUUUCAGCUCACUCAUUCUCUGGGUGGUGGUACUGGUUCAGGCAUGGGCACACUCCUAGUCUCAAAAAUCCGUGAAGAAUUCCCAGAUAGAAUCAUGGUUACUUUCUCAGUUGUGCCCUCUCCUAAGGUUUCAGACACUGUGGUGGAACCUUACAAUGCUACACUGUCCAUUCAUCAGCUAGUUGAAAACACAGAUGAGACUUACUGCAUUGACAACGAGGCCCUUUAUGAUAUCUGCUUCAGAACACUGAAAUUGCAAAAUCCUACUUAUGGAGACCUGAAUCAUCUAGUUUCCCUCACAAUGUCUGGGGUUACUACUUGUCUACGGUUUCCUGGCCAGCUGAAUGCCGAUCUUCGAAAACUUGCUGUUAACAUGGUACCAUUCCCUCGACUCCACUUCUUCAUGCCUGGGUUUGCCCCUUUGACUGCUCGUGGAUCACAGCAAUAUCGUGCUCUCACAGUUCCAGAGCUCACACAGCAAAUGUUUGAUGCCAAAAAUAUGAUGGCAGCCUGUGAUCCAAGACAUGGCCGUUACCUUACUGUUGCUGCAAUUUUCCGCGGACGAAUGUCGAUGAGGGAAGUUGAUGAUCAGAUGUACAAUAUCCAGAAUAAGAACUCUUCAUUCUUUGUAGAAUGGAUUCCUAACAACGUUAAAACUGCUGUCUGUGACAUUCCACCACGGGGUCUGAAGAUGUCUUCUACCUUCAUUGGUAAUUCUACCGCCAUCCAGGAAUUGUUCAAGCGUGUAAGUGAACAGUUCACUGCUAUGUUCAGGCGAAAAGCUUUCCUUCAUUGGUAUACUGGGGAAGGUAUGGAUGAAAUGGAAUUCACAGAAGCAGAAUCUAACAUGAAUGAUCUUGUUUCGGAAUAUCAACAAUACCAAGAAGCUACUGCUGAUGAUGAAGCAGAAUUUGAAGAGGAAGGUGAGGUUGAAGGAGAUUAUGAUUAAACUGAACAGUCUUGCGAUCUUUGCAGUCCUAUUGGUAGGUUGUCUACCAACUUCAGUAUUAUUUUCAGUGUAAUCAUAAGAUUCCAAUGAAACUGCAUUUCAUUCCACUUCAGUUAACUACCAUGUAGUUCUUUUCUGUACGACAUUCCUGUUUGUGUUAAUCUAUGGAUUCUUUUUAUUUACAGCUUGUAUUAAAUUGUCAUUAUUA